AUUAUUUCCGUACCGACGGACUGGGGAUCCUAUGCGAGUCACAGAACCUAUCGAUAUUUUAGUCUAUUAUCAAAUCAUUAGUAGAACUGCGGGCUAUCGUUUGGAUUUUGGAAUGAUGUUGAGAUGAAACCAGAGUCUCUUUCCUUGGAUCUCUGAAUCAGAAACAAAGAUGUUUCGAGCUCUGCUUUUGUUUCUCUCUCUAGGGUUCUUCUUGGCGUUUCAGUUUGUGGUUUCAGAGAUUCAACUGGGUUCUAGACUUGUUGUUGGUGAAAACAGCUUGUGGGUAUCCAACAAUGGUGAUUUUGCUCUAGGGUUUUUCAAUCCCCCUGGUUUGCCUAACCGGUUCAGCAUUGGUAUCCGGUUUAACUCCAAUUCAAUUCCUUUUGAUCAACGGAAGGUCGUUUGGGUUGCUGGAGCAGAUGUUGUCGUUUCUGAUAACAGCUCUUACUUUGAGCUCACUCGUGAUGGAGAGUUGGUUUUGUGUGAUUCUUCGUUGGGUGUUCCGGUUUGGAACAGCAAGACGAACCGGUUCUCUGUAUCCUCUGCUUUGCUUCGUGAUGAUGGUAAUCUUGUGUUGUUGAAAGAUAGAGAAGAGAUUGUUUGGCAAAGCUUUGGUACUCCUACUGAUACUCUGCUUCCAAACCAAAAGUUACCAGCUUCUGAGAUGUUAAGAGCUGCUAGUGAUUCGAGGUCUAGUUAUUACAGUCUUCACUUGGAGGAUUCGGGGCGGUUAGAGCUGAGAUGGGAGAGUAGCAUUACUUUCUGGUCAAGCGGAAACGAAGCUGUGAAGAAGAAGAAGAAGAAGAUUGGGGCUGUUCUUACUUCUGAGGGAGCUCUGUUUCUUGAGGAUCAAGAUCUGAUGAGACCUGUUUGGUCUGUUUUUGGGGAAGAUCAUAACGACACUGUGAAGUUCCGGUUUCUCAGGCUUGACAGGGAUGGUAAUUUGAGAAUGUACUCGUGGAAUGAGGAUUCAGGGAUUUGGAAACCGGUUUGGCAAGCUGUUGAGAAUCAGUGUCGUGUUUUCGCGACUUGUGGAUCGCAAGUUUGUUCCUUUAACAGUUCUGGAUACACCGAAUGCAGUUGCCCUUUUAAUGCUUUUGUAUCGGCCUCGGAUCCUAAAUGCUUGGUGCCUUAUCAGAAGCCCGGCUGCAAAUCUGGUUUCAACAUGGUGAAAUUCAAGAACUUGGAGUUGUAUGGGAUCUACCCGGCUAAUGAUUCUGUUAUUUCUCAGAUUAGCUCCCAGAGAUGCAAGAAGUUGUGUUUAGAGGAUUCUGCUUGUACUGCAGUUACUUACACGAAUGAUGGGGAUCCUCAAUGUCGCAUGAAGUUGACCCGAUAUAUCAGCGGUUACUCUGAUCCGUCUCUGAGUUCGAUAUCAUAUGUUAAAACAUGUUUGGACCCGAUUGCUGUUGAUCCAAAUGACUCUAAAGAGUCACCAGUGACUGUAACAAAGUCUCACAGUAUCUGUCUUCCUUGUCUUGUCGGCGCAACUUCCACUACACUUGUUCUGUUUCUUGGAUUUCAGCUCGGUAUCGUUGUGUACAUGUACCAGAGGAAGAAGAAGCUAGCUAAGAAGAAAGCUGAUCGAUUCUCCAAAGCGACAAAUCCGAAAGGUCUGAUGAUAUUCUCUGUCGAUGAGAUUGAGGCCAUGACCGAUAACUUUGACCAUAACAUAGGACCUCAGAUAUUCAAAGGGGUUAUGCCGGAGAAUGAUCUUGUUGCUGUUAAAGAAGUGGAAGCAACAUUAACAGAAGAAAGGAAGUUUAGGAGCUCUGCAUCAAAAAUAGGAACAAUGCAUCACAAGAACCUAGCAAAGCUUGAAGGUUAUUGCUGCGAGCUAGGCAGGAGGUUUCUGGUUUACGAAUACGCUAAGAACGGGUCUAUACUUGACCACAUUGUUGACCCUUUACGAAGCAAGAAACUAACUUGGAGAAUAAGAACUGAAACCUGCUUAAGCGUGGCUAAAGCUCUCUGUUACCUCCACACGGAAUGCAGAGAAUUUGUCAGUCAUGGGAACUUGAACUGCGGAAACAUUCUGCUCGGGGAGGCUUUGGAAGCUAAGUUAACAGAAUAUGGCUUCGGUUUAUGUGCUGCAGAUAAAGACGUUGAAGAUUUUGGAAAGACUGUUUUAGCUCUAAUAACGGGUAGGUACGAACCAGAAGGAGUAGUGAGUGAAUGGGUAUAUAGAGAAUGGAUUGAAGGGAGGAAAGAAACCGUUGUAGACAAAAGAUUAGAAGGAUGUUUCGAUGUGGAGGAGCUUGAGCGGGUUUUGAGAAUCUCAUUUUGGUGUGUUCAGAUGGAUGAACGAUUAAGACCAUCAAUGGGGGAAGUGGUGAAGGUUUUGGAAGGUACAUUGUCCGUUGAUCCACCACCACCGCCUUUUGCUUGUGCAAGAUCAUCGCCCACUAACUCGUCAGAGUCUAGUCAAUCCUUGUACGAGCCAUAAAGGCUCUAGUUAGUAAAGUUUGUAUAGUUUUGAGGAUGUGAUUUAACAACAAUUGUAGUAGUGAAGGCUGAUGAUUCUUGUUUCAUUUUUUCUGUAAGGUUAGCUUUGAUCUUUGAUUCUGUAAAAGUACCUUUUGCUUAAAAGCUGAACCAAUUUUCUGUUGCAAAGCAUCUUUAAUGGGCCUCAAAGCGUUCAUGGGUUUUUCGUAUGGACCAAUUAGAGGAUGGUGUUUACUCAUCAGCACCAUGGUAAGAACCAAGUGAAUCAAGUUCUGAGAUUCUU